AUGGGCAUCCCCGCAGGGCACCCUGACUUCGUCGUCCCAGAACUACUCGUCCAAGUGCUCACAGUCUUGGGUUUCAUCGGAAAACCUAUUUCCUUCUUCUCCUUCCCCACACUUGGUUUCAGCUAUUUCCUCGAACCCGAUACAGCAUUCCCUAUCCGACCAGAAUUCGAAUCGGAGCUCCAUUCUAUCUCCGGCAUCCUGAUCAGGGAACUCUUACCCGUUGUGAAGUUCUCCGACCUUAUCGACCCACCGGAGACCUGUGCUGUGUGCUUGUGCAAGUUUUCCGGUACCGACAAGAUCCGACGGCUAAUAAAUUGUCAGCACAUAUUCCAUCGUAGCUGCCUGGACCGUUGGAUGGACCACGAUCAGAAGACGUGUCCUCUUUGUAGGACGACGUUUAUCCCGGACUGGGUCAUGGGAUUCCCAGUUGGUUACGCGGAUUUCUUCCUCCCAACAUUACUGGUUCACGUGCUCUCACUUCUGGGUUUCAUCAGAAAACGUAUUUCCAAGCUGUUCGCAACUCUUGGUCUUGGCGAUUUCCUCGAACCCGACACAGCAAUCACUACCCAACCCGAAUGCGCAUCGGGCCGCCAUUCUGUCUCCGCCGUCCUGAUCCGAGAACUCUUACCCAUUGUGAAGUUCUCCGACCUGAUCGACCCACCGGAGAGCUGUGCGGUAUGUUUGUGUGAAUUUGACGGUAGCGAUGAGAUCCGACGGCUGACGAAUUGCAGGCAUAUAUUCCAUCAGAGCUGCCUGGACCGUUGGAUGGACCGCGAUCAGAAGACGUGUCCGCUUUGUAGGACUCCAUUAAUCCCGGAAGAUAUGCAGGAGGUUUUCAACGAGAAGUUUUGGGCUGCUUGUGGGAUUUCUGAUUUUUACGGGGAGUACUCACUCGCCCAUUAA